CAUCACACUCCGCCCAAUACACCCAUGUCGCUCUACGCCGACGAGGAGCCAGAGCUCUACCCGUCCGCGUCCGUCGGGCCCACCGCCCCGACGGAUCCCCUACAGGCGCUCGCCGAGGCGUUGACGGCCGAGUCCGAGACACCCGACCAGGCGAACAAGCUCCUCGCCGCUGGCAGCCGCUUCGAGGAACAUCCCGAGAAGCUGCCCGACCUCUGCACCAAGCUGCUGCCGAUGGUCGUUGACGGCCCCGACUCCCUCCUGCGCGCAUGGACGCUCGACAUGCUAGCGCUGACUGUUGGCCGCGCCGGCCUGCGCGCCGAGAUCAAGAUGGACGUUGCGCGCGAGUCACUCGAAUACCUUAACCGCCUGCUCAACACGGGCUCGGUGGCGACGAUACGCGCGACCAUUCCCAUCUUCGCGACCGUGUAUCCCAUGGUGUUCAGGUACAUUGCGACGGCGGGCACGGCGGGUCGCCAGCUGCACGGCGUGUUCGAGGCGUCCAAGGCGCGCAUUAUCUCCCUCGUCCUCGACACUGGUGCGCAGCCGCAGAGCGCGGGCGUCAAGGCUGCGGCGUGGAAGUUUGUGCAAAAGGUGUUGCUUGUCGGCACGCGGGCGCCGAGCUCUGAUCCACGGUUGCGUGCGACUACAGUCGACGUUAGCGUGGCCCUCGUCCAGCCCGGCUCGGCGCUCAAUGCGCAGCAGCUCGAGCAGGAGACAACGAUGCUCCGCACGCAGCUUAUGACACAGCUGUAUUCGACUGACGAUCCCGCGAUCCUCCACCCCAUCAUUAAUACAUUCCCACCACUGGCUAAAACGCGGCCAGCUCUCGCACCCUUAAUCAUCCAGUCUAUGGCGUCGUGGACACCCAGCGCGAUGGAGGCCGCGCGGCGGCCUCCCAUGCAGAUCCGUGCGGUCGAGAAGACCCUGCGCGCGGUAAUGGCCCAUAUCGCAAAGCAUCCACCCCUUGUGGGAUUCUCCGCGCAGCUUCACGAUGCUCUCAUACGGCAGAAGCAGCGGAUGGAGCUCGCGUAUGCCGCGGACAUGGAGGAGCGGCGGCAACGGCGCGCCAAUCUCGCAACAGGCAAGCACCCGCUCGAAGCCGACGCCGAGUCGAGCACGGCCAAACGCGCGCGCCACGACGUCCGCCCGGGCUCCGGCGACGGCAAGGGCCGCGUCAUGGUCGACGUGUCGCAGUUUGCGCUCGAGCCUGUGAUUGAGGUCGUGAUGCGCGGGCUCGAGAUGAUCUCGGACGAGAUGUUGGCGCGCGCAUUCGACAAUGCUCGGCAAGCGAUACAGGAAAACGACCCAGACGCCGUGCCCGUGCUCGCGCCGUGUCUGUUGGGCGAGGAGGUCAAGGUGGAGGAAGACCUCGUGCUCAACCCGCUCGACAUGGACUUGGAUGACGACGAGCUGCUGAUGGAGCCAUUGGAAGGCGAGCUCGAAGAGCAAGUGACAAUCACCGACUUCCGCCUGCCACCACCCGAACCCUUGCCAUUGGAUGAAAAGACCGAAAUCGCAGACUCGGCAGUACAACGUAUCUGGGAUACAGGGUCUGACCUGUCGCACCUGGCCGACCUCAAGAUCAGCGACGCGCCGCGCACCGCCGUGCAGCCGAAGGAGAUGUGGAUGCUGUUGUUGGCACGGAUAUCGUCGCGUGGCGGCGAUGACAAGCGGCGGCUGAUCGGCGAGUUCGUCGCCCGGGACUUUGGCGCGCGCGCAAAGUUCGCGACGGUGUGGCUCAACGAAGAGUGGCUUGCAAAGCGGCGCUCCGAGAAGAACCAGUACGAAGCGGGCCUGCUGGCCAUCCUCACGGCCUACAUCCCCACACUGGACGCCAAGGACCAAAGCCUCGCGCGCUUCCUCGUCGGCCUGCCCGAGCUGCCCGAGGCAGCUAUCGACAUGCUCGAGCCGCUGUGCGAGGACCCGGACCGCAUGAUCGUGGGCUUUUUGUCGCUGCGCGAGCUCGCCGAGCACCGGCCCCCAGUGCGCCCGCGCGCACUGCAGACGCUGCUGCAGCUGUGCACGCAUCCCGAGCGCAAGGUGCGCGUCAUGGCCAUUACGACGGUGCGGCGGUGGGUGCCGAACUCGCCCAUGUCGCCCAGUGUCAUUUCUUUUGCGCUCGGCGUGCUGCGAAGGCUAGCGGUACGCGCCCACCUUGCUGUCAAGAAGGAGGCGGCGGAGUUGAAUGCGGCUGUGGAGGAGGGCGAGCCCGCGGGUGGGGAAAAGCCCGCGAAUGGAGACGAUGCAGAACAGCCAGCCGUGGAUGCGGAUGGCGACCAGUCAAUGGAAGAUGGGGACAUUGGCGAGACGAUCGACACCAAGUACCUUGGGCCGGUGGACGAGGACACUGUUUCACAACACGUCGAGUUGGCAUUUGCGCUUUCACGUCGCGACCCGGAGCUCCUGGACGCCAUCUUCUCCAUCUACCCCAAGAUCCCACCACCUAUCCAGACCAAGGUCGAGGAGCUCCUUGCGCCGCUCAUCAAGUCGCUGGGCCCGAGCAAGAAGCUGCUCGAGAUCCUCAAGGCGUUCCCGCCUGGCGCCGAGCCGCUCGCGCUGCGCGUCGUCAAGACGCUCAGUGCGGAGGGUUCCUCGGGCGUGCUCGUCUCGGUCAUCCGCAGCCUGCUGGGCGAGCGCGAGCUCGACCCGCGCUUCGUGAUCCCCGUCAUCGGGGAGCUGGACAAGGCAGAGAUCGAUGCGCAAAUUCCGCGCAUCGUCUCUCUCCUCGCGCAGCCCGACUCGCGCGACGUCGUGCGCACGGCCUUUGCGAGCGCGCUGCAGAAGAUGACGCCCGCCGACCUCCUCGUGACGCUGUACGGCGAAAAGGCGGGGGUCAAGCCGACGAUGGACGCGAUCGGCAUCUGCUUCAGCAUGACGACGGUGUUCCGCUCCGACGUGCUCGCAAACGCGAUGCAGCGCAUCGUGGACCAAACGGCGCCGCUGCCGGUGUGUUUCGUGCGCACCGUCAUCCAAGCCAUGCGGACGUACAAGUCGCUCGUGCCGUUCAUCGCGAACAACGUGCUCGCCAAGCUCGUCGCGAAGCGUAUCUGGGAGAUGCCCAAGCUGUGGGACGGCUUCGUGCUCCUGGUCGGCAUGUUGGGGCAGGCGUCGUUCGGCACACUGCUCCAAAUGCCACUCGAGCAGAUCCGCGACGUCGUCGAGCGCAAGCCCGCCCUCAAGGCGCCACUCAAGACCUUUGUCGCGAACAAGCCGCAGGCGCGCAACCAGCUCGCGGGCGUGCUCGCCGAUUAGAUGUAGCUGUAGCUGUAUGUGCAUAUGCAUUGCGGGGAGUGGGUGGAAGGGCUCGAGUGUCUUCCACAUUCCUGCGCAUUCCGCAACGAGA